UGUCACGAUCCGUCACACACCGCGCUUGGACUGCUACAUCGAACAUCGGCAUCUUCGACGGCUGCUCAACUCGACGAGCUCACUCAUAGUUGACAAACAUGGCGCAGCCCGGUCAGGAUGCCAAGUUCUUCCAACGAGGAAAGAUAGAAGAAUUUCGAGCCGAAUUACACGCGGCCGAAGCAAAGGACAAGAAGUUCCAGAAGCGAAGGACUGUACUGAAGAAGAUUGUCGCGAAUAUCACCAUGGGCAAUGAUAUGUCACCGUUGUUCACGGAUGUUGUCCAAUGUCUUGGAACUCCUUUGCUUGAGAUCAAGAAAAUGGUGUAUCUCUUCCUCGUGAGCUAUGGUCGGACGAAACCAGAUCAAAUACACCUGGUCAUUCCCAACUUCCUCCAGGACUGUAGCGACCGCAAUCCCCUCAUCCGCGCUCUCGCCAUCAGAACCAUGUCUUACAUUCCCAUUCCAGUCGUGACAGAUGCUCUCUCUGACAAUCUACGGCAUGCUCUAAAAGACCGCGAUGCCUAUGUACGGAAAACAGCAGCCAUAUGCGUAGCAAAGCUUUACGCAGCAGAUCCCCGUAGGGCUGAGAAAGGUGGUUUCGUUGAGCUCUUGAGAGACUUGAUGUUGGACAACAACGCUACCGUCGUAGCAAAUGCCGUUGCUGCUCUAUCAGAAAUAGGUGACCGCCAGGAUGGUGUCAUCUUCAAGUUGAAUCUGGCUACCACGAACAAGCUUCUAGCAGCUUUGGGGGAAAGUUCUGAAUGGGGUCAAAUCUACAUUCUAGAUUCCCUUCUACGAUAUGUCCCAGAACGAUGUGCUGACGCCGAAAUGCUCGGUGAACGCAUCAUCGUACAGCUGCAACACUGGCAAUUCGGCCCCCUGCUCUACCUCAUGAACUACAUGGAAAAUCGACAGCUCAUAGAUCAUAUAUGCAAGAAAAUGGGGCCGCCUCUAGUCACCCUUUUAUCUUCUGGGCCAGAAGUGCAGUACGUUGCUCUGCGCAACAUAUUGCUCAUCAUCCAACGACGACCAGCUGUUCUGAAGAACGAUGUCAGAGUGUUCUUUUGCAAGUACAACGAUCCCAUCUAUGUCAAACUUGCCAAACUGGAAAUCAUGUAUCGGUUAGCUCGGGCUGAAAAUGCCAACGAAGUGCUUAACGAACUACAAGAAUACGCUUCAGAAGUUGACAUCGACUUCGUACGAAAGGCUGUACGAUCCAUUGGCCGAUUAGCUAUCAAAGUUGAGGCCGCGUCAGAUAAUUGCAUACAGACAUUACUCGGUCUCAUCGAGACUAAAGUGACAUACGUCGUGCAAGAAGCUACCAUUGUCAUCAAGGACAUCUUCCGACGGUACCCUGGGAAGUACGAAGGCAUCAUACCAACGCUGUGCGAAAACCUCGAUGUCUUAGACGAACCUGAGGCCAAGGCUGCAAUGGUAUGGAUUAUUGGCCAGUUCGCCAAUAUUAUAGACAAUGCGGACGAACUGCUAGAUGAUUUGUGUUAUACGUACACUGACGAAAGCGUCGAGGUUCAACUCGCGCUUUUGACCGCAGUUGUCAAAUUGUUUGCAUAUAAAAGCCACAUGGAUAAAGUCAAGGAGCUGGUUCAUAAAGUGCUCAAAUGGGUCACAGAAGACAUUGAUAAUCCUGAUCUCCGGGAUCGAGGCUUCAUGUACUGGCGGAUGCUAGCUCUCAACCCUUCAGCUGCGGGAGAAAUCGUUCUGGCUCCGAAGCCUGCAAUAACAACCGAUUCCGAUAGAAUGGAUAGAGGAGCCCUUGAUCAGUUGCUUUUACACACUGGCACCUUGGGCAGCAUUUAUCACAAGAACCCCGAGACAUUCAUCAGAAACGCUGCCGGUAAGGCUCUGAAGGAUAGUCCGGCAUUGAAUGCGCAUUCACGAGCGGUGCUCGUUCCUUUGGCUCGUAGCCAACUUCCACCAUCUCUCGUCACGGUGCCGGGGCCUGGACCUGUUGAAUCACAUUCUCAAGGAUUGGACAAACCUGAACCCGCCGUUGCUGCAGAGCCACCGGCCCCUCCCAGUAAGUCUGGACAUGGAGACGAUGAUGCAGGUGGGAGCCACCCAGCCGAUGACGGGAGUGAGGUAGGGAUAGUGCCCGAUGAUGAUGAUGAGGAACCAAGGGGCGCACCAAACAAUGACCCAUAUUCCAAUCUCGGCGGCGCCUUCGGCAGCUAUCUGGCGGAUGAACCCAAGCCCAUGAAUGCUGCAGAUCACAGGGGAAGACAUGGUGAAGAGGAUGACUUAUUGUUUUGA